ACGACGGUGACCGAAGCGUCCUCAACAUGCCGUCCCUCGCUGUCCAGGAGUCUCUCUCUCCCAACGUCUCGUGGGAAGCGGACGAGAAGCCACUCAACUCGGACGCUUUUGGUCACCUUGAGCUGCAGACGGACGGAGGAGAUCUCGAUGACGCUCAGUCCGAAGACCCGACAAGUGGUUGCGACAAGACUAUCUUUUCUGAAGACUGCAAGAACUACCAGGAGGUUUUUAGAUUCUCCAAGGACCACAAGGAGCUUUUUGGAGACUUCGAGGACUCCAAGCAAGCUUCUGGACUGAGUCAGCAAGCGGCCAGCAAAUCUGCAACAUUCAAAUGUGACGUGAACGGUGGACAUACUGAGGCGAUGAACGACGAAACCGCCAUCAAGAAAAGAGGAACUGACCUGAAAUGGAUCGAUGAAGAAGGAAAAUGUUCGAAGGAGAAGGACAGGAGACUGGAUGCCCCCAAAGAUCGGGAGAAAGCAAAGGAUGAAGGUAGUCAGGUGCUGGAACAUGAGGCGCUGGACCGCGGCUGGGCGUGGCUGGUGAUGUUCGGCUCCUUCGUCGUCGGGGCUGUGAUGGGUCUCCUCAUUCCUUGCUAUGGGAUCUUGUUUUUUGACUUGCUCACGAGCUUCAACGCGUCCUCUACGGUGACCUCAGCGAUAUUCAUCGUAGGAGUCUUCGUUUUCACCUGCGCCAACAUGGUGGCGGGGCCGCUGACGGAGCAGUUUGGGUGGCGAUGCGUGGUUGUGGGCGGCGGUCUCCUUGCCUUCGUCGGCAUGGCAGCCUCCGCCUUCACCCCCUCCCCCUACUUCCUUUUCUUCUCUUACUCCAUUCUCUCAGCUCUCGGCCAAGGACACUGCGUUUUCGUGUCAUACGCAGUCAUGCCACACUACUUCAAGCGACGAAUCGGCAUGGCUAACGCACUCAUGGCGUCGGGAGUUUGCAUCGGCGGCAUAGUCGGGCCUCCAGUGGUAACCUUCCUGCAGGAGCAAUACGGCUUCAAGGGCGCCACUCUCAUCGUGGCGGCGUUUGCACUCAACUUUUGCCUUGCUGGUGCCUUGUUCCGCCCGCUGCAGAGACCCAGUAACGUGAAUAAGACCACGGAGAGCACGGACAAGGAAGCCAAGGACAAGGAGAUCAAGCACAAAGCGAUCAAGGACAGGGACACGAAUAACAGUGAGGACCAGGAGGUCAGAAAGAUUAUGAAUAAGAUUGCAGCCACGGGCGAAGACAAGAAUGGACUAUGCUGUGUGGCGAGACAGAUGGUCUCCUCCGUGGUCACAAACAUGAAACUCUUAAAAAACUCUUACGUUGCCCUUAUAACCCUUAGUGGCGCCUUGGUGAUGGCCGGAUACAUGAACCUCUCCUCUCUGGUGCCCUUCCUCAUCCAGGAGUACGGGCACACGCAGGAGACGGCGGCGUGGUGCUUGUCCGUAGCCAACUUCUGCAAUCUAGCCGCCCGCUUCCUCUUGGCCUCAUGCAUUGACUUCUCCUGGUUCCACAUCCGCGGCUGCUUCAUUGUCUCCGCGGCCAUGGUAUCCUCUGCUACAGUGGUGGUGGGCCUGGUACAAGAUCUGACGUGGGUGACGGUGGUUCUCGGGCUGUGGGGCUUCGGCGUCGGGAAUUGCAUUGUGCUUCUCCCCCUCCUGCUGCUGCGCCACGUGGGCGUGGGUCGAUACAUGGGCGCCCUGGCCCUCCUUGGCUUGCUGAACGGGUUGUCGACGGUCACCUCCGGUUUUGUGAUAGGUGCUCUCCGUGACUUUAGUGGCAGCUACACCAUCAGUCUGUACUUCAUCGGCGCCACUGUUUCCAUCUCCGCCAUCCUCAUCCUCCUCGUCCCCACCGCCAUGGCCUAUGAUAAGCGAAAGGAAAAGAGGCAGCUGAAAAAGGACGUUGAGCUGGGAGGCUGAAGUUUGGUAACUCCCGCAGCACCCACGAAAAGCCAAGAGAUAAUCAACUGCGCCGUAAGGAAACUCCAGCCAA